AUAUGUCAAAUUACAACGAGGAUCGUGAAAUGUCACGUGUUGUGCUGUGUUUUUAAAUUAUUUUAGGUUAAAUUAAAAACAGAAUAACUGUCUGUAUAAUAAUUUGCAUUACAUUGUUGUUGAUAAAACUUGAAAAUGGAGGAGAACGAUGAAUAUGAUGUUAUAUCUACGGAACACGAUAAUUUAAUAAGUGCGAUUACAAAGUUGGAUAAAACGCAACAUAUUUCGGAACCAACUCGGAAUGAGCCUACAAAUCAGAAUUCGGAAUUUAAUUUGAUAAAGAAAACUAAUAAAUUAGAUCUUAGCCAAGUAGUGAAUGUGCUUAAAGAUACAGCUCAGCACGCAAAAAUAACGAAACGAUUAAAGAAUACACAAGAUAAAUCUAAUGUGCUUGCAAAGCCAUUAGAAAAACCUGAAGCAGAACGUAUCAAAAGAUCUACGGGCUAUGAUAUUACGAAGGAGAAAAUAACGAAAUGGGAUCCAGUAGUGGCAAGGAAUCGUACCGUGGACUUCGUGUCGUUUCCACUAAAAUCUGCGAAAACAAAAAGAGAAUAUCCCACAAAAGUUAUAUUGUCAAAUCUAAAGUUAAAAUCGACUCUUGAAAAAGAAUUGGACGAAAUACAUCCUCCUCUAGAAGCAGAUGAAGAUAUGGAGGAACCAAGUUUUCCAAUGACUUAUGAAGAAAUGCUUGAGCAUAGACAACAACUGGCUAAACUGAGGGCACAGCAAUCAUAUAAAGCUGCUAAAGCUAAAAGGCAGAGCAAAAUAAAAAGUAAAAAAUAUCACCGUAUACUGAAAAAAGAAAGACUGAAACAACAGCUAAAGGAAUUUGAAGACUUACAAAUAAAAAACCCAGAGGAAGCUCUAAAGAAAUUAGAAGAAUUAGAGAAGGCAAGAGCAUUAGAACGACACACAUUAAGGCACAAAAAUACUGGAAAAUGGGCAAAGAGUAAGCUUGUUAGAGCAAAGUAUGAUAAAGAGGUGAGGCAACAACUAGCAGAACAAUUAGCUGUCAGUAGGGGUUUAACCCAAAAAACCCAAGAUACAGCUAGUACUGAUGAUGAAGCUGAUGAGAAUGAAAUAGUACCAGAUUUAACACUAGCCCAAGAUCCUAUGAAUCCAUGGAUGAUGAAAAGGCCUGAUAAGAGCAAUGUUAAUGAAGAAUUUAAUUUUGGCUACAAAAAGUACUUGAAAGACAAAAUGUGCAAACAGAAAGACGAAAGUGACAGUGAUGAAGAAGAAAAUAAUGAAGCCAGUGAUCUAUCUGACCUAAAAAAUAAUAUACUGAAAUUGGGUAAUGCGGUUGAAGAACUUGAUGAAUUUACAAUAGAGGAUGAAGGUAAUGAAACUGUAAGCAAGAGUAAAACAACUUUUUUGGAGAAUGAACAUAAACAAAUAUCUAAAAAUGUAGAUGAUAGAGAAGGAACUAUUAAAACAAAGUUAAAAACCAAUGCCAAAAACAAAAUUGGCAAACAAACUAAGAAAGUAGUAUCAACUUCAAGUUGGGUUGUUGAAGAAAUUGACAUCAAUAAUAAGACUCAGACAGACAACAAAGAUGUUUCUGAAGUAUUUAAAAAAUUAGAAAACAAAAUUGCAAUUCAAGUUGACAAGAAGUUACAGAAACUAAGGCAAGAAAUAAAAAAACUGGAAAAUACACCUAAAUCAAAUAAUAUUGGCAAAAUGGAAAAUCAUGAGGACAAUUUAGAGUCCUUGAAAUUCAAGAAAAGGAACCAAAAACCCUUUAUUGAUGAAGAACUAAUAGAAACUACAAAUAAUCAUCCUGAGGAUACACCACUUCAAAAUAAAAUAUCUAAUAAACUAAUUCAAUCCUCAGAAACUCUAAUAGAUACAAAAGCUGAUUUAGACAUUGAUCCAAAUAGGUUUAUAGAAGUAAAACCAAAAUAUUUAAAUACUGCUGUUCCACAAGGAGAAAAUGAUUUAGAUGAACUAGAUGAUGAUGAACAAAUUGUACCUAAAGUUGAUAUUGAAGAAGUCUUUGAAGAGGAUGAUGUUGUUGCCAGUUUUAGACAAGAAAAACAGGAUGAAAUAAACAAUGACAGGCCUAAAGAAAUAAAUUUAAGACUUCCAGGUUGGGGUAAUUGGGGAGGAAAAGGUGUGAAGGCACCUAAACGUAGAAAGAACAGGUUUAUAUCAAAGCCAAUACCUAAAAUACCAAGACGUGAUGAAAAUAAAGGUGAUGUUAUAAUCAAUGAGAUGCAGUUGCCUCAGCUGAAAGCUCACAAGGUAUCUGAAUUGCCUUUCCCAUUUACAAGUGUGAAAGAUUAUGAGGCAUCUAUCAGAGCACCAAUAGGUAACACAUUUAUACCUGAAACAGCUCAUCAAAAAUUAAUUAAACCGAGUGUUAUUACUAAAGCUGGUACUAUUAUUGAACCAAUGGAUGAAGAACAGCUAAUGGUCAAACGAAACUUAAAAUUCAGUAACCAAAAUGUCAUUAAACUUUUAGCAAAAAAAUAAAACAAAGAAUAAUAGUCAAAAUAUGUUUUUAUUAAUACUUAAUCCUAAACACCAACUCGCACAGGCGGAGAUACAAGAAUAACACCAUCUCCUCUUACAAAAA